UCGCUGUCAAGAGUUGGUCGCACAUUUUAGCCGAGCAAGUUCGUCACGUUGAAAUUGAGAAUUCACGUGUGCCGCAACAUGUCGAGCGGCAUUCAACCGGUGACGGUUGUGUUUAGCAACGCGAAAAACUGCUUCCUGCAUCUGCCCGCCAAGUUAAUUUCCCAUUUGUCGCUGAGCGAGAUUCAGGCCUUGGAGUUGUCCGGCAGCCACGACGGCCCUUCGGCGUUCCUCAGCUGGACUUUGAGCCGCGGCUCGACCGGCUUCGACGGCCGCCGCGUGGAGCUGUGCGGGCGCCUCGCGGAGAAGCUGGGCCUGCGGGACGGCCAGGAGGGCUUCUUGAGGCCGUGUCGGCAGGUGUCGUCGGCGCGGCGAGCGUUCGUGGAGCCGCUGUCGGCCGAUGACUGGGAGAUCUUGGAGCUCCACAGCGACGCGCUCGAGCAGCGGCUUUUGGAUCAGAUCAGAGUGGUCUUCCCGGAUGCCGUUUUCCCCGUGUGGGUGGACGAUCGUACAGUCAUCUACAUCCGCAUAGCGUCCUUGUCGCCUUCGGCGCCUUACGGUCGCCUGGAGCCCUUCACCGAGCUCGUCGUGACUCCCAAGAAGCACGCCGGCCGCCCCGAGCGGCGGCCUCAGCCCCGUUCGGACCCGCCGUCUACACCUGGACCGCGCUCGAAAACCGCUCCCCCUGCGAGUGAGCGGCGGGCCGGCUUAGCGGACCUCCGAAAUCUGUUUAGCUACGUGACGGGAGGCGCGCGCGACGAAGCCAAGGAGCCCCCGUCAGUACCGGACGUCCCCGCCUUGCUCGCGGACGCCCUCUACCGAGUAUGCGGCGCGCCGCCGCCGCCCCUCGCCGCCGCCGGCACGGCGGGGCAGGCGGCGGCGGAGGCGGAGGCGCUUCACGUCUUCCCGUUGAGCCGCACGUGGGACGAAGACGUCGGCGGAGGUCAGCCCGCGCUGACGUACGGCCUGCUGUCCGAAGUGCUCUCGCCCGUGGAGAGAGCGGAGGCGGAGAAGAAGAAGAACGUGGCAGGAGAGGAGGUGAAAGGUCAAGAGGUGAAAGCGCAGGAGGCCACGGUGGUGCGCUUGAUGUGCCACGACCUCGAUGAGCUAAGAAGGCACACGGAGGGAAGCAUCCACUGUGGGAGAGUCUGGAUCCCGCCGGCCGCGGCCGCCGGGCUGCACGUCGUCCCGCAUUCGACGGUCAGAAUCGAGCCGGUGAGAUCGGCCGUCAAAGUGGCGUCUUCCGUUCGACUGCGGCCUCGAAAAGCGCCGGCCGAGGCGGCGGAUGCUGAGGAGGACGCGAUCCCGACCGCCUUCCUGGACUGGAUGCACGCUCGGACUCACCGACCUUUGGCCUGCUUGACGCCACGAGCCGGCCGCGUCCUCCUCCGCGCUCGCGGCGGUGAUUCAUUUCUGCGUGUCUUUAAAAGCCGUCUGCUUUUUUUUCUUUUCGUACGCAGGCUUAUUUCAGUCGCGAGGCACCUGAACACGCGAUCGUUGGCCGCAAGUUUUGAAUGGGGGGCAAAAGUGGCGCCAUCUGGUGGACGCAGUACACGGUCUCCUGGCCUUUUUCUUUUCAGACACGUUAGAAUUUGCCAUCACGGUGCUGCGACCAGAACCGGAAGGAGAGCGGGACCCGCCGGAUCAGCUGUUUCUGCUGUCACCUUCCGUCUUGCAGAAGAAACGCAUCCAGUCCGAGAACCAGCGUCCGCGCCACCCGCUGAAGUCGAACCGCCGGAGCGAGAUCUUCCCUCUCUAGCUUCCUUGGGUGGCGUGGACGAGCUGAGCAGGCGGAGCUUUGAAUUCAUCUCGCACUGCCUGCUGGCGACUCCUUUGGCCAGAGAGCUGCUGGGCGUCGUCGGGCGAGGACUCAAAGGCGGAGCGCUGCUCGUCACCGGUGCAAGAGGCAGCGGAAAGAGCGCCCUGUCUCGCGCCCUCUGCAGGAAAGCAGCGGACGACCUGGACGCGCACGUCGAAGUGCUGGAGUGUAAAAAGUUACAAGGCAAAAGGGCGCAGACGAUUCGCCAGACGCUGCGCGACGUUUUCACGCGGGCGGAAUGGAGGCAGCCCUCCGUGGUCCUGCUCGACGACUUGGAUCACGUGACCCGGGCGCCCGCCUCGCCCGAGCACGAGCACGGACCCGAGGCGCUGCUGCACCUGCACGUCGCACAGAGUUUGAUGGACCUGGCGGACGAGAUGGUGGAACGCGACAAUCUCGUGUGUUUGAUGGCGACCAGCGAGAAUGAGCGCUCCUUGCACGGCACGCUCACGCAAGUGCAAGGAACGCACUUCUUCCAGGCCUUCGCACGCAUACAAGCGCCCGACCGGGCGCAGAGAGAGGACAUCCUUUGCCGCGCGAUCCGUGCCAGGUGCGACUCUAGCGACGCCGACCCGGCCGCCGUCGCCAAGGAGACGGAGGGCUACCUGCCGCAAGAUCUGCUGCUGCUGCUGGAGCGGGCGCUCCACGCCAACGUCGCACGCCGGCAACAGAACGACUGCCACGACAGACGUUUGUCUCAGCGGGACUUCGCCGAGGCCCGCGAGGGCUUCACGCCGCCGUCCCUGUGGGGGGCCGACCUCCGCGGUCCCGGCGGAGGCGGGCUGGAGUCGGUGGGGGGGCUGACGGAGGUGCGGCAGCAGUUGAUGGACACCGUCUUGCUCCCCGCCAAGUAUCCCGUCCUGUUCUCCAAGCUGCCCAUCCGCCAUCGCUCGGGAGUUCUGCUCUACGGAGCUCCGGGCACCGGAAAGACGCUGCUGGCGCGAGCCGUCGCCAAGGAGAGCGCCAUGAACUUCAUCGGCAUCAAAGGUCCGGAGCUUCUGAGCAAAUACAUCGGAGCGAGCGAGCGGGCGGUGCGAGAUGUCUUCCAGAGGGCGCAGGCGGCAAAGCCUUGCGUGGUCUUCUUUGACGAGUUCGACUCCUUGGCGCCCAGGCGGGGUCACGACAGCACGGGCGUGACGGACCGCGUCGUCAACCAGCUGCUGACUCAGCUGGACGGCGCCGAGGGACUGCAAGGCGUUUACGUGCUGGCCGCCACCAGUCGCCCAGACCUGAUCGACCCGGCCCUGCUGCGUCCGGGCCGUCUGGACAAGUCCCUCUACUGUCCCCCGCCCGGGAAGGAGGAUCGCGCGGCCAUCCUGAAGGUUCUGAGCGCCGGCGUCACCUUGGCCGCCGACGUGGACCUGGACGAGCUGGCGGCGCGGACCGAAGGCUUCACCGGCGCCGACCUGAAAGCGGUGCUCUACAACGCCCAGCUGGAGGCGCUCGACGGCAACGUGCCGCGUGAGACGACGUGCGACAUGAGCCUGUCGUCCAUGGUGUUCCCGAACAACAGCGGCGGUUCCGAUGAGCCGGUGGACAACGGCGGCGACGAAGGCCCGCAGACCACCGGGCUUCAAGUGACGGGCAAACAACAAAAUGGUGAUGACGUUUGGCGACUUUACUUCGGAAGCUCCUUUGAGUCCGAGUGUGCUGCAGGGAGUGGUGUCUCUGGACAGGACUUGGACGUUGGGACCCCUGAGUCCAGUUCUUCGCCGCCCCCCCUCUCCGUGCCCUCCCUCCAGAGCGGUUUCCGGGAGCUCGGCGGCGAGCGGCUCCAGCGCCUCCAGCGGGACGUCGCGUGCAUCAAACUCAACCACCGCAGAGCCAAUGGGGAGCGCGCGCGUGUCCAGGCCACCUCCAGCCAGCCGGGCUUCCCGCUCCGUCGCUGCCACGUGCUCGCCGCUCUGGGCGCCACCAGGCCGUCGCUGGGCAAGGACGACUGGGGCAGAUACGCCACGCUGUACGAGGCUUUUUCAGGAGGCCGAACCGCCACGCCGACGUUCCGACCAGGACAACGCGUGACAUUAGCGUGAUGGCGCACUCCAGCAGAUCAUUUAUGGGGAAUUGAUGUAAUUGCUCUACAUUGUGUAUAAAACAUCAGGAAUGUAAAGAUUUUUUUUUUUUUUGUAACUAGAGGAUACAAAUUUCCAUGUAGCCCUGUAAUUAAUGUAUAGUUUAUAUUUUUAGUUUGAUCUAACAGAUUUUCCAAAAUUAAAGCCAUAGUUUUUCUAAAUUGUAUUUUUUCCCCAAAAAUUAAGACAUAAUUAAACAAUCCCCACCCAAACUUAGCACCUUAAUGUUUUUAAGGUGUCAUGUUUUACAUUUUUAUGUAGAAUUAAAAAGGCCUUUUUUUAAUUGGAAAAAAUCAUUCACCAAAAGAUUUGAUUAAAAUUCUAAAAAAAAAAAAAAAUUAUCCUAUUUUGGCAGUUUCUAUUUAUGUGCAGUAAUAUGCAAAUUUGACAUAAAAAUGAAAGAAAAUACACAUUACAUCUUUCAAUCUUUAAUGUAAACAGCAGUUUUGUGGGGCUUUUAAAAAUCCUAAAGACAAAAUGUGACAAGUUUAAAUAGGAGGGAAAGGCAGGCAUGUGUGUGUCGGGGUGUAAAUGUAUUUGAUAUAUAUAAACCAUACUAAAUCACAACAAUGAUCUGUUUUUAAAUUAAAAAAAAUACAUUAACCUUCAAAUUUUUGUCAACACAAGAGCUUCGCUUUUCACCCCAAAACUUUAGCAACAGCUUCACAAAGAAAUAAACACGAAAUAAAUGAAGUCAAUAUUGCUCAGGAAUGUGGUAUACAGCAGUCAUUCAGGGAAUUUGUGACAACAAAAAAAGUUGUAACAGUCUUGAGUGGACAAGAAGUGAGAAUCUUUUUUAAACAUACUUCUCGUUUACAACAUUUAGCUGCCACGAAUACGGUGAAAUUCGUGUUAUGUGACAGGAAAUAAACAAGUGGACUACAACUAACAUGGCCAACCCUCUCUGCCACAGAAGCCCUGAGGACAAAUCAUAUUUAAAAAAAAAAAAAGGAAUUUCUCGAUUUUAAGGGAACACUUCCUGGUUUCUGCAGGUCUCCAUGGCAACGAGGAAGCCAGGGGAAAAAAAAAAACACCUCAAUCACAGUUCUUGAAAUUGUCCAGUGAGUACAGCAGGGCUAAGCUAGUCUAGUUACAGUCGUAAACAAAGUCGUAGUUGCUGGGUUCUUUGGGAAUGGGGGGCGGCGCUUCGGGGAUCUGGAUGUUCUCCAGGUCCAGCAGGCGUAGCUUCAUCUCCAUGGAGAGCAGCGUGUCCAUGUCAGAUUUGGUGUAGUCGCUAGUCAUCUCCUUGCCCAGGAGUGCGUUCAGACCGUCGGUCCACACGCAGUACUGAACACGGGACCAGGAAAAAAAAAUAAAAAAUCAACUUUAGCGACGACAAACUUGACACAGCUCGCCUUAAAAAUUGCCAAUUAGAAACUGCAAAAAAUUGAAAUACACGCUUAAAUUAAAAACUAUACAGGUAAACGCUGGCAGUAGCUUCCAGUUGCAGUUAUUAGUAGCUGACGCUAGGUGCCAGUCAUCGGUGUUAGCUGCCCUCAGCUUAUUCUAACUUCCAUUAGUUGUUGCUAGUAGUGACUGUUAGCUGACUUUUGCAUCUUCUUUCUUGUGCUCUGUAAACUGAUAACAGAAAGAAAGCAGCUUCUCGUUAUUUUCUAGUCGCAACUAGCAGGAGUUUCUUGUUAGUUGCUAACAGCAUGUUAAAAACGAGCGCACGACCGAUCCAACUAAAACUGCGUUAGCACAAUAGCUAACACUUCGGUCAUCUCACCUCGUGCUUGUCCGGGGCAAUAAAGUUUAAAUACUCAUCUGACUCAUAUAGGAUUGAGAAGGCCAGCUCCAGCACCUCCUGCAGGAAGACAGAAUGAUGACAUGCUCAUCAGCAAGAUGUUUACGAUAAUGCUGGUUAUUACCCCUCAAUAUUAGCGUGUUUCGUUCGCAUUAGUGCACCUUGUUCUGCUUGAGAGCGCCCUUCUCCUUCAUGUGAGGACAGUCUUUUCCCGUGAUGACCGCCUUGAUGUCCGCCACGGGCACUGUGGACAAACACGAGCUGCUGUUAAAUGUUGACAAAUUGUCUACUA